ACAGUCCUUGGGAGAAAAAACAAACGGACAACACUCCCUACAAAUUUAAAUAACACCCAACCGCACGUCGGGCUAACCAGAGCUACAGCGGUCGAUUGGUUAAACCUACUGCAUCGGAAUCCAUCAAAUACCUGGAACUGUUCCGCAAGACCUAGAAGCCAGCGUGAAGAAAUCAAUUGGUUUACAUUAGCUUGUGAAGAGAUAUUGGAUAGUGGAUUGUAAGUCGCGCUGAGGUGAAAUGCUGCGUUGCAGUAGGGCUUUUCUUUUAGGUGCUGAGAAAAAUACAUUUCGUUCUACUGCCAGUUCAGCUACGCCUACUGCUCAAACCACUAAGACUACAUAUGGACCAUUAUCAGAUGAUGAUAGAGUAUUCACUAAUAUAUAUGGUCGACAUGAUUGGCGUCUUAAAGGUGCAAUGAAACGUGGUCAUUGGUAUAAGACAAAAGAAAUUGUAUUGAAAGGUAGUGAUUGGAUUAUUGAAGAAAUUAAAAAGUCUGGUUUACGUGGUCGAGGUGGUGCUGGUUUUCCUUCUGGUAUGAAAUGGAGUUUCAUGAAUAAACCUAGUGAUGGCAGACCCAAAUAUUUGGUAAUUAACGCAGAUGAAGGUGAACCAGGAACGUGUAAAGAUAGAGAAAUUAUGCGUCAUGAACCGCAUACACUUAUUGAAGGUUGUUUGAUAGCUGGACGAGCUAUGGGCGCUAAUGCAGCUUAUAUUUACAUUCGUGGUGAAUUCUACAAUGAAGCUUCAAAUAUGCAAUUAGCUAUCAAAGAGGCUUAUGAAGCUGGUCUACUAGGCAAAAAUGCAUGUGGUACUGGAUAUGAUUUCGAUGUUUAUAUGCAUCGAGGAGCUGGAGCUUAUAUUUGUGGUGAAGAAACUGCUCUAAUUGAAUCUCUCGAAGGAAAACAGGGUAAACCGCGUUUAAAGCCUCCUUUUCCUGCGGAUAUUGGAUUAUUUGGUUGUCCAACAACUGUUACAAAUGUUGAAACAGUUGCUGUUGCACCUACAAUUUGUCGUCGAGGCGGUGAUUGGUUCGCUGGUUUCGGUAGAGAAAGGAAUCGUGGGACUAAACUAUUCAAUAUUUCAGGGCAUGUUAACAAUCCAUGUACUGUUGAAGAAGAAAUGUCUAUUCCAUUGCGUGAUUUAAUUGAACGACAUGCUGGUGGUGUUAUUGGUGGUUGGGAUAAUUUACUAGCAGUUAUUCCAGGGGGUAGUUCAACUCCAUUACUACCUAAAGAUAUUUGUAGUACUGUUCUAAUGGAUUUUGAUGCUUUGGUCCAAGUGAAUUCUGCUUUGGGUACAGCGGCAGUGAUUGUAAUGAAUCGAUCAGCUGAUGUUGUACAUUGUAUUUCACGUCUUAUCAAAUUUUAUGAACAUGAAAGUUGUGGUCAAUGUACUCCAUGCCGUGAAGGAUGUCGUUGGAUGGGUCAAAUAAUGACCAGAUUUGUUCAUGGUAAAGCUAAUAAAAAUGAAAUUGAUAUGAUCUGGGAAAUUUCUAAACAAAUGGAAGGACGUACAAUUUGUGCUUUAGCUGAUGGAGCUGCAUGGCCUGUACAGGGUCUUAUUCGACAUUUUCGUCCAGAGUUGGAGGCAAGAUUCGCUAAACACGGUAUAGAACUUUAUGAACCGCCAAAAGCUGAAUCAAGUGUUCCUUGUUAAACAUUAUUUUCUAGGUAUAUUUAUAUGCAUACAAGUAUGUAGUGUAGUGUGGCGGAUUGGAUUAGAUUGGGAUGUCAGCAAACUUUCCUCUUCUUUUCAACCCUACAUAUGUAUGUUUGUGUGUAUAUUGUGUAAGAUAGGCUGGGGGGGGGGGGGGGAGGAUUUUUUUCUUUUCACUGAAUGACUUUACUGAUCAAUUAGCUAGCCAACUCCCUACAUUGGGUUAUUUACAAAUAUAUAAAUAAAAAUGUAUGUUCAGAGAAAUGAAUAGGCUUUCAUUUCACUGUUGAUAGACUUUUGUUUUUAAGUGAGAGAUUUCAAUGUCACGAGUCAGUCAAUUGGUUGAUAUCAGUGUGUGGUACCUGACAUUCCUGGAUAACUGUUCAAAUGUUCGCAAUCAUCAAGAUGAAAAGUAAUGAGACAAAAAAUGAUUACAGCAAUGGAAAUAAUAUCAUCAAAAGUCGUCGUAGGCUAUAGAAUAAAAUGAAAUGUAGCAGUUAGAAUGAGGGUAUAAUCUUUAGAUGUAUUUGCUCUACUGUCAUGUAUUCUGGCCCAUUCCACAACUAAUAUCACAAGAACUAUACCCCUCACAUAAUGAAUGGCUAUUGUGACUCAGUGGCCUAGGGGAUAACCCAUUGGCGUUUAAAACAAUUGAUUCUGAGUUUGAUUGUUACUGAAAACGAUAUCGCUCACUGGAAGGUGGAGGGGGGCAUCCGGCUGAUGAGUCCCCAGUAGGGG